AUGGUCGGCACUGUGCACUUUUUCAAUACCAGUUGUACAGCGGUGGGACCGGGUUGUCCAGUCGAGAACAGCGUCUAUGGCUACCAUCCGAGCCUCGAGGUUAACGCCUUCCUGAUCUCGAGCUUCGCCUGCUUUGCCAUUAUCCACAUCAGCCUCGGCAUCUGGAAACACACCUACUUCUUCGGGUCCUUGCUCGCGUUCAGCUGCAUGGCAGAAGUCGCUGGCUAUGCGGGACGUGUGAUGCUGCACAACAAUCCGUAUGACACAGUCGGUUUUCACUUGACAAUUACCUGCUUGGAAUUUGCACCGAGCUUCCUGGCCGCAGCGGUGCACGCAACUCUCAACUUCAUCGCAUUGACCUUUGGCGCGACCACCAGUAUCCUACCGCCGCCGAUGUAUACGUGGAUGUUCAUCGGCAUGGACAUGCUCUGUCUGGCGUCGUUGGCCAUUGGGGGUGCACUCGCCGGGAAUUUGAGGAGAGCGCCGGAACAGGGAACGGCGGGUUACAUCAUGAUUGUGUGCGGCAUGGCCACUCAGAUACUCACUUUGGUCGUAUUUGCGGGACUCGUGGUGGAAUAUCUGUAUCGAACACGUCGAGCAUGGCACCACGCUCCACUCGCGGCCACAAAACUUCUGGGGACUUACAAAUUCAAGUUGUACGUUGCUGGUGUGUCUGUUGCAUACACGACGGUCCUCGUGAGAUGCACAUAUCGUCUUAUGGAGCUUGCCGGAGGCUGGCCGAACGCUACGAUGCAUAGCGAGGCCAGCUUCAUCGUGUUCGAGAGCUGCAUGAUAUUCUUGGCAACAGCUGCCUUCACGUUGUUCCACCCGGGCUUCUGCUUUCCUUUGAAAGCAGCGCCUCGGCCCCAGCGGUACAUAUGA